AUGGACAAUCAGCAAUUUUUUGCUCAGCCACAACCUCAGCAUUUCAUUCGAUCAGGUUCUGAUGAGAGACCACGGUAUGCUCCGUUAGGAUCUUAUUCAAAUGGAGCAUACCUACCCCAUCAGAUGAUGCACCCUGGGCAGCGAUUUCAGCUUUCCGCACCAAUUAUGCAUCCAGAACUCUAUGAAGUCAAAAAACGCCGAGACAAGUGGGCUAAAUGGGUCGAAGUAGCCUCGGCUUUGCCAAAUGACGGUGGAUUUUUGAUAGUGUGCAUUACAUCGAAAUACAUUUGGCUGAAAAUUUUAAAUAGUGUGGCAUUUGGUCGAAAAAUAAUCUGAACCCAGUAGCCUCAUAUUUAAUGCUUUUCUUAGCAAUCCUUGAUUUUUCAAUGGCACUACUUACAUAUGCUAACUCAAAUCAAUUUCAUGACCCAAAUCAGAAUCAAUUAAGACUGUCAGCUUGUGACAUUAUAAUUAAAGCAGUCGCUGAUUUAGCUCUGAUUGGCACAUCUAUGCUCGGUUUUAAAGCAAGCAAGAAAAAAGACUCACUAUCAGCAAAAAAAUAUUUAAGAGCUUUGACAUUGCUAGCUAUUUUCUUAAUUGCUUCAACAAUCAUUUGUAGCUUUGUAAUGGCAAAUAAAGUAGAAAAAGAAAGCAGAGAUAGAUUUGAGCCAGCACCUUUUCAAGAUUGGGAAUUUGGAGGGCCUGAAAUUGAUGACUCCUCAGAUGCAUACGAAGUUAAUGAAACAGAACAAAAGAAAAACCCAACAGAUUAUGGUACUCAAAACUCGAUUUAUUAUAAUAAGGUUAAUCAAAGUAAUGAACCUACUUCAAGAGAUACUGAAGCUCAUUCAAUUAGUGAGAAUAAACCCAUGGAGGUUAAGCAAGACCAAUUUUCUGCUUCUCCGAAGAGUGAAGAUUAUAAUGAAAACGGCUCAAUUGAUAAAGAAGAAAAGGAAAAAGAAGUUUCGGAAGAAGAGGAUAAGAAAAAUCAAAAUAAAAACAGACAACUUUCUUUUAUAGGAGGAGGACAUGCUGAAGGCCAUCAAGCCGAUCCUGAAGAAGAAAACAAUGAAAAUAAGAAUGGAAACAGAUUUUUGCAUUCCAAAGAAGAAAAAAAGCAUAAUAAGCAUGAAAAAAGAGCACGAUAUCAUAGAGACAAAGAUGACAAAGAUGACAAAGAUGACAAAGAUGAUAGAGAUGAUAGAGACGAGGCUAAAAAAAGAAAAAAUCAUAGAAGAAAACACAAUAAAGAAAUAAACGAAGGGAUGGGUGGGAAAAUUUAUGAUGGGAAUACAUACUACGACAGCGAAGAUACCGAUGCUAUGUAUGGCGGUAAUAGGAAUCAUCACGAUGUCAGUUUUAAAUCAAUCAUCAUUAUAUGCAUGCUGAUAAAUGUUUUGUGCACAGCAGGUCUUUGUGCAUGUAACAUUGUAUGUGCCAGAAAUCUUUACAAAUCUUCUAAGAAAUAUGAAGUUUUAACAUCACAGCAAGUGCCUGCUCCCCAAGAUUUUAUUCAGCCUAUGAUAGGUCAGCCAUAUGUAAUGCAAUCAUUCAGUUCAGUUCCUAUGAGCGCUCAAGCACAGUAUCCUGUAUUUGCUCCAGUUGGAUCAAUAAUGAAUCAGCACUAA